AUGGGCGUGUUUGAGGAAGAUGAUGCAAUCUUAGUCUCAACAAUCAUUAAGCUAUGGGUUUCUGAAGGAUUUCUUAAACCCGUAGAUGGCGAAAUUUUGGAAAUAAUUGGGAAAGAGUUCUUAAAGGGCUUAGUAGAUAGAAAUCUCGUUCUAGUUGAUCAGUUGGGGAGCACCGGAAAUAUAAAACGAGUCAAGGUUCAUGAUUUGGUUAGAGACCUAUGCGUGAAGCAGGCUAAUGAAGAAGGAUUUUAUCAUGUUAUUGGAGAAUCUAGUCCUCGGGGCAUGAAUAGCCAACGCCGCAUUGUUAUACGCAGGAAAACUUCAGAGGAGAAAGUCUUUGAUGACUUGCAAUCUAUGCCACAUGCUCGUUCCAUUAUCUGCGAGCAUGGGAAAGUUCCACAAUGCCAAAAUUUUGGAUUGCUGAGGACAAUACACGCAUACAAAUUUCGUAAUUUUAAAGAGGAACACUACAUAAGUUCGCUUGUGUCUGGGUAUGUUAACUUGCGGCACCUUGUUGCUAAAGUUGACAGCAUGUCCCCAAUUUUUUCUUCCUUCAACCAUCUUUGGAAUUUGAAGACAUUGAUCAUAUUGUGUUCGAAUGAGUCUAUUGUGCCUACUGAGAUUUGGAAAAUGCCGCAAAUUAGGCACAUUGUCGGGAUCAGGAAAAAAUUGAUACUCGUAGAUCCUUCGAGUGAUGCUGCUGUCAUGGAGAAUCUAGUGGUACUUAGUGGAACGCUUAAUUUCAAGUUCACUGAUGACGUGAUUAUGAGAAUUCCUAAUAUCAAGAAAUUAGUGAUACAUUAUUCAGGAAGCAAGGAAAUGAGCCAUGAUGAUUAUUAUUGUUUAGGCAAUAUUCAAUGUAUGUCUAAAUUAGUAUCUCUACUUAUCUCCAGUGAGUCUCAUUUUAAUGGGAAUGCCUCUUUGGACAAGCUCACUUAUCCACAAACACUCAAGAGCUUAACUCUUGAGAGCAAAAGUGACUUUGAAUGGGAAAUGAUAUUGGGAAAGAUAGGUUCGUUGCCCCUUCUUGAGAAGUUCACGUUGUGGCGUGGAUGCUUUGGAACAGGCAAGUGGGAAGUCUUAGAAAACCAAUUCCCGUGCCUCAAGUACUUGAGAUUGGUUUCGUGUAAUAACCUGAGACAAUGGACCGCAGAAACAAGCUCAAUCUUUCCAUGCCUUGAGAAGAUUCGCCUUGAAAAUUUAAAAGUGUUGGGGAAUAUCCCAUCUGAAAUUGGAGACAUGCCGUUGCUUCAAAACAUAUGGAUACGACAUUGCAGCGAAGCAGCGAUGAUAUGUGCGAAGGAGAUUGUAGAGGAACAAAUGUAUCUACAAGGGGAGAAUCUUCCCUUUGGAAUUCAGGUUAUGGUUCCACUUCAUAAAAAGGAAGCAAUGCAAAGUAUGGUUGGUCCCAACUUUGAAGUUGUAUAUACCGGAUAG